CCCAUGCUGAUGUAAACAAACACGCACUGCGCAUGCGUCACUGCCAAUAAUGGAGGAGCGCCGUUCUUCGCUGUACUGAUGCCUCGCUUUCCACUCCGUUAACUCGCGAGUUACGAGGCCAGACGUCUCGUCCACGUUGCGCCUUCACAGUUGAUGUGGAAGAAGGUGUCCACCAUGAGUACAAACUCGGCAACCAAGAGUGGGGCCUGCAGGAUCAUGACAUUCAGCCCGUCCUCGGAUGACUUUAAAGACUUCAGCCGCUACAUCGCCUACAUGGAGUCACAAGGAGCGCACAAAGCCGGAAUGGCAAAAGUGAUUCCUCCCGAAGGCUGGAGACCCAGGAAGACUUACGACGACAUCGACGACCUGGUCAUUCCCGCUCCUAUCCAACAGGUGGUGACGGGCCAGUCGGGCCUCUUUACUCAGUACAACAUCCAGAAGAAGCCCAUGACAGUCAGUGAGUUCCGCAAGGCCUCCAACAUGGACAAGUUCUGCAAUCCCCAAUAUGUUGACGUCGAUGAACUAGAGCGCAAGUUCUGGAAGAACCUGACUUUCAACCCUCCCCUCUAUGGAGCGGACGUCAGCGGAAGUCUCUACGACCCGGGCGUGGCCGAGUGGAACGUCGGCCAACUGGACACCAUCUUGGACAUGGUGGAGCACGAGAGCGGGAUCAAGAUCAAAGGAGUCAACACCCCUUAUCUUUACUUUGGCAUGUGGAAGAGCACCUUUGCCUGGCACACGGAGGACAUGGACCUCUACAGCGUCAACUACCUUCACUUUGGAGAGCCCAAGUCAUGGUAUGCAGUGCCGCCAGAACACGGGAGGAGAUUGGAGCGACUUGCCAAGGGUUUCUUUCCUGGCAACGCUCAGAGCUGCGAGGCCUUCCUGCGCCACAAGAUGACCUUGAUCUCGCCGUCGAUCCUCAAGAAGUACGGGAUCCCGUUUGAAAAGGUCACGCAGGAGGCGGGCCAGUUCAUCGUGACCUUCCCGUUCGGUUACCAUGCGGGAUUUAACCACGGCUUCAACUGUGCCGAGUCCACCAACUUUGCCACGCAGCGAUGGAUCGACUACGGCAAGCGAGCCACGCUGUGCUCGUGCCGCCAGGACAUGGUGAAGAUCUCCAUGGACGACUUUGUGCGCAAAUUCCAGCCGGAGCGCUACAAGCUGUGGAAGGCGGGAAAAGACAACGCUCCCAUCGACCACUCCAAACCCACGCCCGAGGCCGCCGAGUUCCUCAAAGACCAGAGCGUGUCCCAGAAAGAGAGCCCACCCGGCGGCAAAUGCGACGGUCCAAGAAGCCCCGCCCACGAGAACAGCAGUCCAAAACUUCAGAAGGGGACCAAGCGUCCACUGGAAGCCUCUGAGGACCUCAAAGCUGACCCGGGUGAAGAAGAGGCGGAGCCAAAGAAGGUCAAGCUGACCACUAUGGAGUCUCCUGCUCAAGUCCCAACAGACACACAUGACCUGGCAAUCAAAGUGGAGUCAUCGCCUCAAGAGGAAGAGCAAGAAGACCAGUCCAGCAUCAAGCAAACGCCUCCCAGGCAAGAAAGUCCGACAACAAACGAGCACGACGCUCCUCCUGCAGACGCCCUCUGCCCCGAUACCGCGGAAGGCCAGGUGGAGGCGCUCCGCUCGGCGGAAAGCCAGGUGGAGGCGCUGUGCUCGGCGCAGGCCAAUGUCAGCGACAAGGAGGCCGAGGUGGGCAAGGGCGGCCUGGCGCACAAAGUCUUCCAGAGGACGCUGAGCCCCGCCGACGUGCUGCACGUGCACAGUUACGCCAAGGGAGACUACGCAGAGGACGAGGCCCCGCCCAAAGUAGAAGAGGAAGAGGAGGCGAAGGACGCAGGUGAAAAAAUGGUUGAGGCGGAGAAAGACGUCAGCAAACAGGGGGCAGUAGAGGCGAAAGUAGCAUGUGAGCCGAGUGAUCUGGGUCAAUUGCCUGGCCACCACCCGCUCAUCAAGGACGGCCUGAGCGACGAAGAGGCUCCAGAGGAGGCGUCCCCAGUGGAGGAAGGCGGUCUGGAAGGCGAAGGCUGGACCAAACCUCUGGCCCACCUGUGGCAGAACAGACCCCCCAACAUGAAGAAGGAGAAAGAGUACAACCAGAGGAUGGGCUCCAAGCCUCCAUACUGCUCCAUCUGCACGCUCUUCCUCACGUACCAGCAGACCGGGCGUGCCAGCGGCGCCAACGCUCCCGUCAUGGCGGGCGGAGGGCGGAUGCGGACCAAGCCGCUGAUCCCGGAGAAGUGCUUCGCCACCACCACGGAGGACGACGCCGAGUGCGAGGAGCCGCCGCUCACGCCUCGCCUGGAGGAGGACGGCACCAGCCUCCUCGUCAGCUGCUCGCAGUGCAGCGUCCGCGUCCACACCAGCUGUUACGGCGUGGAUCCGGCCAGGGUCAGCAAGGAGUGGAAGUGUGCCCGCUGCAAAGCCAACGCCAUGGUGGAGAACUGCUGUUUGUGCUGCCUGAGGGGCGGAGCUCUGCAGAAGGCCAACAACAACAAGUGGGUGCACGUGCUGUGCGCCGUGGCCGUGCUGGAGGCUCGCUUCGUCAACAUCAAAGAGAGGACUCCUGUGGAUCUGAGUGGGAUUCCCCUGCAGAGAUUUAAACUGAAGUGUUACUACUGCAAGAAGAGGAUGAAGAAGGCGUCGGGCUGCUGCGUGCAGUGCUCACAUGGCCGCUGUCCCACCGCCUACCACCCCACCUGCGCGCAGGCCGCCGGCGUCCUCAUGCAGCCCGACGAGUGGCCCUUCGUGGUGCACGUCACCUGCUGCCGACACAAAGGCCCCGCCCAGAUCGAACGCAACACGGCGGCCAUGCACGAGCUGACGGUGGGCCAGAAGGUGAUCUGCAAGCACAAGAACGGCCGCUACUACCAGUGUGACGUGGUGCAGCUCUCCAAGGAGACCUUCUACGAGGUCAACUUCGACGACGGCUCCUUCAGCGACAAUCUGUUCCCCGAAGACAUCGUGAGCCGAGACUGCGCCCAGCUGGGACCUCCCCCCAAGGGCGAGGUGGUCCAGGUGCGGUGGACGGACGGCCUCAUGUACGGUGCCAAGUUUGAGGCGUCACGUGUCAUCCAGAUGUACCUGGUGGAGUUUGAGGACGGCUCCCAGCUGACGGCCAAGCGAGACGACGUGUACACGCUGGACGAGGAGCUCCCCAAGAGGGUCAAGUCCCGACUGUCCAAGGCGUCGGACAUGAGGUUCGACGGCAUCUUCGAGGACAAGGAGAUCAUCCAGGAGUCCAAGAGGCAACGGGUCAUUAACUCACGGUACCGCGGCGACUACAUCGAGCCCGUCAUCUACAGAGCCAUCAUGGAGUAGCGCCAUCAUGGAGUAGCGCCAUCAUGGAGUAGCGCCAUCAUGGAGUAGCGCCAUCAUGGAGUAGCGCCAUCAUGGAGUAGCGCCAUCAUGGACCACUUGCAUCAGGACCACUUCAGACUUUUUUUUUUUUUUUUUACUCCUAUUUUAAAAGUGCAGUAUUUUCAUUUGUCGGACAAAGCACAGCAGGAAACAGGAAGAAGAGGCGAGGACGCUACCUCACUUUUGUUUCCGGGACAGCGUCUUCACGCCGUCUUGCCUGUGACAUCAUCAAACAUCUCUAGGUAACACGCACACACACUCAGUCCAAUUUAGUAUGUCUCAACAUUUCAAGUUCCUUUCUUCAGUUGUUCCUAUUUUUUGAUACUAACUUAUUCUAACAACUUUUACAAAAGCCUAGAAGUUUCCUAUUGUCUCAACAAAGCUUCACGUAAGACGGCAGAAAAAAACAUAAUAUAACCGCAUUCCUUUUUUUUUGAGGUGCUUUAAACCUUUUUCUAGAUGCUCCUUCUAUUUUUUCUACCACAUAGAUACAUUUUAAAAGAUUUUAAUUCAGAUUUUAAAAAAUAUAUAUUUGAACUCUGCCCCCAUGGUUGUACUUUGUCAUUUAAAUGUGCGAGGAUGUUGUCGUCUGCGCUAAUUUGCUUUUAGCGCGACUUGUGUCGUUUUUGGCUGAGAACUAGUAUUGUUCGUAUACAGGUUUUGUUUUUGUGUGUAAAUGUCAUCUAUAAGUAGAUCAGCUGAACUUCCACAUUUGAAGUGUUUUUGUAAAACAUUUGAGUAAAAAAAAUAUAUAUAUAAAUAAUAUUAUUAACAACCAUCCACAGCCUAGCAAGUCUUUUUUUCUACAGCGUUGCAUUCACAUGUUCAACAUAGAAUUGGAUUUUAGAGUCCUUUUAGUGUGGGGAACACUAUUUGUGGAAAUUUUGACGACGACUAACAUUAAAUUAUUUUCUAGUGGUACAAAAAAAUAAAUAAAAUUCACAUCCAGAACGCGAUUUGUAUUUUUAAAUCAGAGCCAAUAAUAAUUUAAUUGAUAAUUGUUACAUCGCCAUCCUGUUUUUGUCUGUUACACUUGUUAGCUGCUAGCAUGCUAAUGUUAGCAUAUUAACAUAAACAUAACUUUUUAGCUAACUUUAAGUUUUUUUUCUCCAAUUACACAGCCAUACACCUUAGUCAUAUAACUUGAUAUGUGACACAUGUUAACGCAGGGGUCACCAACGCGGUGCCCGCGGGCACCAGGUAGCCCGUAAGGACCAGAUGAGUAGCCCGCUGGCCUCUUCUAAAAAUAGCUCAAAUAGCAGCACUUACCAGUGAGCUGCCUCUAUUUUUUAAAUUGUAUUUAU